AUGCGCACAUCGACACACUACGGCAAGUGCAAUAUGCGUGCACGGGAGUGGCCAAUCUUCACUUCGCUUGGCUGUGUCCCUCCCUUCUUCCCCUUGCUCGAUCCGCGAUUAUCUGCCCACCGCGCUGUGCGCCGCGCCAAGUUGGGCCUCAGGGAAGCAGGACCUCGCCGCGGCCGCCGCCCGACCCGGAAUCAGGAGAGGGGAGCUGCCCGAGCUAUUGUGCUCAUGGACUCAUCAUCCGCCACGCCAUCGGCCCUACCGUCGUCCUCGGCGGCUGAUGCGGUUGCCAAACUGACAACCGCCCCCACCGCCGGUACCGAGACGGGAGGGACUGGGCCAACAGCGGCCGAGGUCGAGGCCGAGGCUUACGAGCGGACACACGUCCACGGUGUCUACGAGGCGAUCGCCCCGCACUUUUCGGCCACUCGCUACAAGCCUUGGCCUACCGUGGGAUCGUUCCUGCGCUCUCGGGCAGCCGGCGCCGUUGGGCUCGAUGUGGGCUGCGGGAAUGGCAAAUACCUGGGCGUGAACCCAGGUGUCCUCAUGGUGGGCUCCGAUCGGAGCCCGUCGCUCAUCGCGCUUGCCAGGGACCGUUGCAUGCGGCUCCAAGCUCAACAAGGUAAUGCAGCCGGAGCAGGAACAGGCGGGGAAGCCGGUGGCGCCGCGGUAGCCACUGACGUUCUCGUGGCUGACGGGCUUUCGCUACCCUUCCGUGAGCGUGCUGCAGACUUCGUCAUCUGCGUGGCCGUCGUACACCACAUGUCGACGCGGGCAAGGCGGCAAGAAGCGAUCCGGCAGCUGCUGCGAUGUGUCAGGUUGGGAGAGGUCGGUCAGGCAGGGGGUCAGGUCCUCGUCUACGUUUGGGCGCUCGAGCAAAGCACCAGCCGACGCGGAUGGGACGAGGGCGGAGAGCAAGAUUUGUUGGUGCCGUGGGUCUUGAAGUCCCAGCAGAAGCAGCCGAAGCAGCAGAAGCCGCAGAAAAAAGCCCAAAAACAAGCCAUUGGUGGCGGUGAUGCCGUUGCUAAGGGCGGUGAAACACCGCCUACGCCAACAGCAGCUGGCCCUGCAGAACCAGAGGCGCCGCCUAGCCACGCCGACCCCGUCUUUCAGCGUUACUACCACCUCUACCGCAAAGGCGAGCUGGAAGAGGAUGUGUUGGCGGCAGGGGGUGUUGUCGUCUCCAGCGGCUACGAGAGAGACAACUGGUGGGUUGUUGCUGCCAAUGAGCCCGCCCCAUAG